CUGAGAGAAAGGAGAGUGAAAGCCAGUGAGAAGGGGAGGACGUCAUACAGUAUCAAGUGUCCAGGCAGAAAAUAACAUCACAAAAAUACUGCAGAAACUAAAAGGACAGAAACCUUCUAGCGAGGAAACGCUUACCAAGUGAGGUCUGGUUAUCCUGCACUCCUCUACCUGUUGCCUCAUCACCUACAGCAGUUCUUCUCACUGGAGAGUGGCAGCUUCUCAUACUGCAAGGGCACUCCAUGAUCCCUCGGCAUACUUACCUCUACUAAUUCACCUCCACUGCUUUGGGGACAUUUAUUUGUAAUAGCAUAUUAAAAAGAGCAUCAUCAGCACAACAAAUAACAGCCAUGAAAUCUUCAGCAUCUCUCACUUUAUUUUUGUGUCUCACUCUUGGAAUAACAAAGGCUGCCAAAAUUCUUGUUGUCCCGCCAAUAAUGUUUGAAAGCCAUCUAUACAUAUUCAAGACUAUGGCCACCUCUCUGCAUGACAAGGGUCAUCAAACUGUUUUCCUUCUUUCUGAAGGCAGGGACAUACAAUCAUCAAGUCAUUACCAAGUUCAGCGCUUUCCAGGGAUUUUUAAUUCCUCCACAUCUGAUGAAUUUCUGCAGUCCAAAAUGAUGAAUAUAUUUUCUGGUAGGUUCACAGCAUUAGAACUGUUUGACAUUCUUGACCAUUAUUCUAGGAAUUGUGACAUUGUAGUGGGUAACCAGGAAAUAAUGCAACGUUUAAAAAAGGAAAAGUAUGACUUGGUGCUUGUUGAUCCAAAUGAGAUGUGUGGAUUUAUCAUAGCCAAUAUUUUGGAUGCAAAGUAUGCAGUUUUUUCUACUGGACUUUGGUACCCUGCUGAAGUGGGUGCUCCUGCACCUUUAUCUUAUGUUCCAGAAUUUAACUCGCUUCUCACAGACCGCAUGGAUCUUCUGGACAGAAUUAGAAAUACCGUUGUUUAUCUUGUUACACGUUUUGGAGUUAAUUUUUUAGUCCUACCAAAAUAUGAAAGGAUAAUGAGGAAAUAUAAUAUUUUACCAACAAGGUCGAUGUACGAAUUGGUUGAGGGCUCCUCUCUGUGGAUGCUUUGUACUGAUGUUGCUCUGGAAUUCCCAAGACCUACACUCCCAAAUGUUGUCUAUGUUGGAGGAAUUCUCACCAAGCCUGCGAGCCAAUUACCCCAGGAUUUGCAGUCUUGGGUGGAUGAUGUGGAUGAAAAUGGAUUUGUAGUGGUCUCCUUUGGAGCAGGAGUGAAAUACUUGUCCGAAGACAUAGCACAAAAACUUGCUGGGGCCUUGGCUAAAUUACGCCAGAAAGUGAUUUGGAGAUUUUCAGGCUCCAAACCUAGAAAUUUAGGUAACAACACAAAAUUAGUGGAAUGGCUACCUCAGAAUGAUUUAUUAGGUCAUCCAAAAAUUAAGACCUUCCUCAGUCAUGGAGGACUAAAUGGUAUUUUUGAAGCUAUAUAUCAUGGAGUACCAAUAGUAGGGAUCCCCUUGUUUGGUGAUCAUUAUGAUACUAUGACCAGAGUACAGGCUAAAGGAAUGGGAAUUCUUCUAGAAUGGAAAAGAAUGACAGAAGAUAAUUUGUACAAAUCUCUUUCAGAAGUUAUUCAUAAUCCCAGUUAUCGUCAACAAGCACUGAGGUUGUCUAAAAUACACAAGGAUCAGCCCGGCCAUCCUGUCACCAGAGCCACUUAUUGGAUCGAAUAUCUCCUCCGCCACAAUGGGGCUGAGCAUCUUCGAGCUGCUACCUAUGAUAUACCCUCUUAUCAGUAUUUCUUGGUCGAUGUUGUAUUAUUUGCCCUUUUUACUGUUAUUUUAAUAUGGUACAUGCUUUCCAAGAUUGUGAAAUACCUGCGGAAGAACAGAAGUACAAAGCAAAGCACUGUUAAUGGAUUUUGCCAUAACGGCAUAGCAAAUGGCAAAGACAAGAAAAAUGGUUAUAUCAGACAUAAAGAAAAAGUGAAAUAAAUAUGCACAGUCCUGGUUUAAAGGAUAAUGCUAAAAGAGCCGCUGCAACAUGGAUUUUAAUUAUUAUCAGUGCUACUGGAGCCUUCAACUCUUCAUGGAAAUAUACCACAUGGUAGGCCCCAGCAAUAAAACACCCAUGGCCAUUCAUUUCAAUCUUUAUUCCACUGCUAUUACUUUUUUCCCAGUUAGUGUAGUUUAGCCUUUCCGAGCACUGUAAGACUUGAAAUAGAAUAGCUACUAACACUUUUAAAUAGCCUCUCUGAUUACCUUGUAGUUAAAGUGUAACUACAGGAGAACAUUCAGCCACCAUUUAUACUAAUACCUUACUGAUAUUGCAUUUUUUUUAUGGAACCACAGUUAUGUAAUUAAUCUUACUUCCUUUUUAAUACUGUAUCCAUGUACAGCAUACUGUAUAAUUUAUAUUUAUUUAGAGCAAAGCAUAUAUUUACAGUAUAUGAAUAUAUUUGUGAUUGUCUUUGUCACACUGGAUAUAUCUACAUAUAUAUUCAUGUAUAGUGUUUUAAUUUUAUUGUAAAGUUAUUUUCAAUAGAAAUUACUACCGUUAAGUAAGAAAGCCACUAAAUUCAGGUUUUAGGUUGGUUUAUUAUUAAUAUGAACCUAUUAAAAUAAAAGGUGUCCAUUAGAUUAAACAAACUACUCCACAAUAGAGAUAAAGUACUGUACAUAUUUUGGUGGAUACAAUUUGUAAACAAAUAUAUAUAUUAUAGCUUGUUUUUGAUAGAAAUUACUUUCUUUAAAUUCAUAUUCUACGGCCGGGAUGUAAUGAAGUCCGAGUUCAGCGGCCAUGUGUGAUAUCGGUCGAACUCAGAUUUUUUUCUUAAAGGGACAAUCAUUUACAAGACAUGGUUUAGCCUUGUUAAUGAUUGCCCCUUUAAACAAAACAUCCGGGUUCGGCCGGCAUCCCGCACGGCAGCUGAACUCAGACUUCAUUACAUCCCGGCCUAAGUGUGCCUAGAAGAAUUCUAUUUUAUGAAUUCAAGCAAACGUAUUAUGCAACCCAUCAAUUUCCUCCCCAUAAAUAAGCCCAUUUUAAAACAUAAGCAGCCAAAGAAAUAUAUAGUCUUAUCAUAUGCAAUUUCAUUCAGCAAAUUGCUAAAAUGACACCUGUCCUGUUCUUGUAAUGUCCUGUUGUUGAUUUCCAAAUGCACCAAAGAACACA